AUGUCGACAGAAGCCGAGUCGCAGUUCCAAACGCCUGGUCAACUGGUGGAGAGAAAUGAGGAUACCGGUGUUAUGCAGGUGGAGAGUCUUUGCAUGAAUUGCCAUGAAAAUGGAAUGACCAGACUCUUGCUCCUCCGCGUCCCUUACUUCCGCGACAUUAUCCUCGAAUCCUUCGAUUGCGAACAUUGCCAUUUCAAGAACAACUCAGUCAAGUCUGCCGGUCAAAUCCAGGAGAAAGGAGCCAAGUACACCCUCGAAGUCGAGAACGUGAACGACCUCCAGCGCCAGGUCAUUCGAAGUGACAUUUCGAUCUUCAAGCUUGAGUCUCUUGAUAUUGAGAUGCCCAAGGGAGAGGGCCAGAUGACCAACGUGGAGGGUGUUAUUCAGAGAAUCCACGAAUCGCUGUCUAGUGAGCAACCACUGCGCAAGAUCCAGGCCCCCGAGCUCUUCGAGGCUCUUGAACCCAUCAUCGAGAAACUUCAGAAGAUCCUCGAUGGAGAAGGCUUCCCCUUCACUGUCUCUCUUGAUGAUAUGACCGGCAACUCAUGGAUUGCACCCUCCCCUUUGGACAAGGGAAACAAAUACCGACGUCACGACUACCCUCGUACCCACGAGCAGAAUGAGGAGCUUGGAAUUGCCAACGACCCGAACGCCGCGAAGGGUGAAGGCGUUGCUCUGCAGGAAGGCUUCGGUGACCCUGAAGAUCUUGACAUCAUUGAUGGAAAGGUUUACAGCUUGCCCACUGAAUGCCCUGGCUGCACGAAGGAUUGCUUUGUCAACAUGCAAAAAGUUAACAUUCCUUACUUCAAGGAAGUUUUCGUCUGGAGUACCGUCUGCGAACACUGCGGCUACCGUACCAACGAGGUAAAGACCGGUGGUGAGGUUCCGGAGAAGGGCAAGCGGAUCACCCUGAGGGUGGAAAACAUCACGGAUCUUUCUCGUGAUAUCCUCAAGUCCGACACCUGUGCCCUUAACAGUGACGAACUCCAGAUGAGUGUGCAGCCCGGUACCUUGGGCGGACGCUUCACCACCGUCGAAGGAUUGCUUACCGAAAUCCGCGACCAGCUGAAGGGUCAGAUCUUCGAUAUCGACGACAAGAACAACUCUGGAGGAGACAGUAUGGCUGCCAGCGAAAAGGAGACAUGGACUAAAUUCUUCGAUCGCCUUGAAACCGCCAUCAGCGGAGAGAUGAAAUUUGUCAUCACACUCGAGGACCCCUUGGCCAACAGUUAUGUCCAGGAUCUGUGCGCCCCUGAACCUGACCCUCAAAUCACAAUCGAAGAGUACACCCGUACCGAUGAGGAAGAGGAUGAACUCGGUCUGAAGGACAUGAAGAUCGAGGGGUACGAGGAGGACGAAGAGAACAAAGACAAGGAUGCCAAGGAGGGUGCUGAGGAGCAGAAGUCAUAA